AUGGAGAGUCAUGAUCCAAAGAGAAGGGCAAUCUUUAACAGUUUUAGGUUGCGCCUUUCGCCGGACAUCCUCAUCAUGGUCGCCUUCAAGCACGUGGCCUCCGCCGCCACCUACGCCACCCUCCGCGGCGUGUGCCGGAGUUGGAGAGCCGCGCUCCCAGCCACCGUGCCCGCACCGCACCGCCUACCCCCGCAGCUCCCCUUCCUCCUCCUUGGCCGCCGCCGUCAUGAUCUCGCCGCCUCCGCCUUCUCCCUCGCCACCAAACGCACCUUCGCCCUCCGCCACCUCGCCGAUGCCCCUCGGAGCAUCUGCGUCGGCUCCUGCUACGGGUGGCUCUUCCUUUUCGACCCCAGUUUGAACCUCAUCCUCCGCAACCCCUUCACGGGCGACACGAUCCGCCUUCCGCCCUUGCCCAGGUCCGAUCAAUACUUGCUUGUCUACCAAGCCAUCUUAUCAUCCGACCCUUCUGCCGACCGCGACUUCUUGGUAGUCCUCUUCGCGAACCCAACGGUAUUCCGCUGCUUCACCUGGCAGAAUGGUGACAAUUUCUGGACCGUCCGUGAGUACCCCCCGUUUCUCCUCGAAGAUAUCGUGUUCUACGAAGACCGCCGCUGCAUUGCCAUUGGCUUUGACGGAGGAUGUAUGAUCUUCGACUUCGCCACAGCCAAUGGUGGCGACGGCUUCUUCACGAAAGUGCCCAACUUGCCGGUUUCGGCCCUUUCGGGUUCACUGUUCUUGGUUGAAUCGGCAGGGAAUGUGUGGCUCGUUAUGGUAAGGACUACUACCUCAGGAGAAGACGAAGUUGAGAUUUAUAGGCUCGACUUGAGUGGAUUGCCGGAUGAGAUAACGGCGGUGUCCGAACGCGGUGAUCUUGGCGGCCGGAUCUUGUUCUUGGAGAAAGGCAACUCGAUGUCGGUUGCGUCAACGCAUUUCCCUGGAUUCGAAGGCGAUAGCAUCUACUUCACACGAAAACAUGAACGCCUAUUGAACAUCUUGGGCGUGAAACUCCACCGUGUCCGUAUGCAGUGCCAGACUCAAAACGCAUCCGCACUAAACAUUCUCAGCGUCGAUUUGAUCAGAGGGUAUCCUGCCGAGUUUGGGGCUUCCUCGCAAUAUCCACGAAAAUUCGAGUAG